UUGGGCCCCGCCCCUCCCCGGCUCGCCCCGCCCGCGCUCCCGAGGGCAGAGUCGGGAGGGGGGAGUGGUGCCGACUCCCCGAGCCGCGCGGCUCUGCCACCCGCUGACGCACCGUCGAAAAGUUGUGCUCCAACCUUCUCCCUCCUCCUACUUUCUUCCUGGGGCCUGGCUGUUUGUGGAGUUGGAGCCGGGCGGGGAGGAGCCGGCUCCCUACACCACCCGGUGCCCGGCGCAGGAGGCGGCUCGGGGGCCCGCGUCCCCAGGACGGCGGCACAAACUUUCCCGGCUGUUUGGGGAUACUUGUCCGGAGAGUCCCGCACUUGGAGGGAGGAGGAGCCGGGUCCGCGGACAGAUCUUGGAAGCCUUCUUCUGGGAGUUUCCAGCAGUGCCAAGUGUUGGAGAAAUCUUUUCUGUCGCUCUGAUACAGUGGAGAGAGCAAAUACAGCUUAGCGGUAGGCUCCUGAAGAGAGCAAUCACAGGUUUCAGAAGAUGACAGUGAAAUGUGAAGAAGUUACGUUUCUUAUGUGAUACUUGAAAGUUAGUGACUGCUUGCCAAAUUUUCCUGAAAGUUAAAUAUGACUUAGAAGCACUGAUUUAUGAAGGCUUAUGAUGUCAUCAGUUACGACAGAAAGCAAACUCCAGCAGGCCGUGAGCCUGCAGGGAGUAGACCCAGAAACAUGCAUGAUUGUAUUUAAAAACCACUGGGCACAGGUUGUGAAGAUCUUAGAGAAGCACGACCCGUUGAAGAACACCCAGGCAAAAUAUGGGUCCAUCCCUCCAGAUGAGGCCAGUGCUGUACAGAAUUAUGUAGAACACAUGCUCUUCUUGCUGAUCGAAGAGCAAGCCAAGGAUGCUGCGAUGGGGCCAAUUCUGGAAUUUGUGGUCUCAGAGAACAUCAUGGAGAAGCUCUUCCUUUGGAGCCUGCGGAGGGAAUUUACUGAUGAGACUAAAAUCGAGCAGCUCAAGAUGUAUGAGAUGUUGGUCACCCAGUCCCACCAGCCUCUGCUGCACCACAAGCCCAUCCUGAAGCCCCUGAUGAUGUUGCUGAGCUCUUGUUCGGGAACAGCCACCCCCACCGUGGAAGGGAAGCUGGUUGUCCUGCUCAAUCAGCUUUGUUCCAUCCUUGCCAAAGAUCCCUCUAUCCUGGAACUCUUCUUCCACACUAGUGAGGACCAAGGGGCCGCCAACUUCCUCAUCUUCUCCCUUCUGAUUCCCUUCAUUCACCGAGAGGGGACAGUAGGUCAGCAGGCCCGGGAUGCUUUGCUGUUCAUCAUGUCCCUGUCUGCCGAGAACAGCAUGGUGGCCCAUCACAUUGUGGAGAACACCUACUUUUGUCCAGUACUUGCAACUGGGCUCAGUGGUCUCUACUCUUCCCUGCCUACCAAGCUGGAAGAGAAGGGUGAGGAGUGGCACUGCCUUCUGAAAGACGACUGGCUCCUGCUCCCUCCUCUCGUCCAGUUCAUGAACUCCCUGGAGUUCUGCAACGCCGUCAUCCAGGUGGCUCACCCCUUGAUUCGCAAUCAGCUUGUCAAUUAUAUUUACAAUGGAUUCUUGGUACCGGUCUUGGCUCCUGCGCUUCACAAGGUGACUGUGGAGGAGGUCAUGACCACAACUGCAUAUCUGGACCUUUUCCUGCGUAGUAUCUCCGAGCCAGCACUACUCGAGAUCUUCCUCCGUUUUAUCCUCUUGCACCAGCACGAGAAUGUCCACAUCCUAGAUACCCUCACGAGCCGAAUCAACACCCCAUUUCGGCUCUGUGUGGUGUCCCUGGCAUUAUUUAGAACUCUUAUCGGUUUACAUUGCGAAGAUGUGAUGUUACAACUAGUUCUAAGGUACCUGAUCCCUUGCAACCACAUGAUGCUGAGCCAGAGGUGGGCCGUGAAGGAGAGAGACUGCUACUCUGUGUCUGCGGCCAAGCUGCUCGCCCUGACCCCUGUCUGCUGCUCCAGCGGGAUCACCCUGAUGCUUGGCGACCAGGAGAGGGAUUAUAUUCUCUGGUCGAAGUGGACGCACGAUAGUGCAGGGACCACCGAACAGCCACCAGCUGAGGCGUUCUCUCCGUCGGCCUGCAUCGUGGAGUACGGCAAAGCCCUGGACGUCAGCUACCUGCAGUACCUGUGGGAGGCCCACGCCAACAUCCUCUGCUGCAUGAGGGACUGCCGAGCCUGGUCCGCCCUGUAUGACGGAGACUCUCCUGACCCUGAGACCUUUUGCCAGGGUCUGACAGAGGACAGUGCUCUCACCCCUACCUAUCCAGUGUUCCGGCUCCCACAGCAGCUCCCCAGGAAGACCGGCCCCGUGCUGGCUCCAAGAAAGGACAAGAGCCAGACAGAAUUGGAGUGGGAUGAUAGCUACGACACGGGCAUCUCCUCGGGGGCAGACAUAGGUUCCCCUGGGCCUUUCGAUGAUCUGGAGAAUUCAGGCCCUCCAGCACCUGUCGAUCCCCCCAAACACAUCCAGGAGAUGAAGAAGAACGCCAUCCUGCUCUUCAAAGGGUCCUACAUCGAGGAGUCUGACUUCCAGGAUGAUGUGAUGGUGUACAGGCUGUGUGCCGAGAAGGAUGCUGAGGAGACGAGGGAUUCCCAGGAGGGGAGCGCAAGGCCCUCCAGCCCAGCCCAGACUGACGAUCGGGCCCUUACCCUGAGCAACGGCCCCCUGCCCCGUGCUCAGUCAGAAACAGACUCAGAGGAGGAACAGAAUAGGGACAGUUCAGACCCGUUUCAAAAUGUAUCCGAGGAAACGAAACAAGAAGACAAGCCUGAGACAGCCCUAGAAUCGAACUCCGAGUCAGCGCCUCCCCUCUCUGAGGUGGAGCACAAUUCAGACCCAAUGGAGGUGAAUCCGGGGGCUGACGAUUUCAUUGCCCAGUAUGACCAAAUCAUUAAGGAACUGGAUUCUGGCACCGAGGGCUCGAUAGAACAGAAGUUCCCCUCCCCUGAUCUCUUGAAUCUCUCCAAAGAGCAAAAGGGGAAGGAAGAAGAGAGUGAAAGAGAAAAGGAGGAAGCAGAAGAGGGGAAGAAGGCCCUGGAAGAGGAAGAGGACGACUUUGAUUCUUUUAUAGCAGAAACCCCCACCACGGAUACCGUGCCAUCCCCGUUUGGGGCGAGAGAUGAGCCUGCCUUUGCCAGUCACCGUCCUGUGAGGACUCAGAGCACCCCAUUCACAGGCCCCUUCAUCAGCGUGGUCCUGUCGAAGCUGGAGAACAUGCUGGAGAACUCUCUCCACGUUAAUUUGCUGCUCAUCGGGAUCAUCACGCAGCUGGCCAGCUACCCCCAGCCACUCCUGCGCUCCUUUCUGCUCAACACCAACAUGGUCUUCCAGCCGAGCGUGCGUUCUCUCUACCAGGUAGUAUCGUGUGUGACAGGUCCUCGCAUCGGUGAAAACAAGAUCGAGCAGUUUGCUUCCGUGGAGAGAGACUUCCCAGGGCUCCUCAUACAAGCCCAGCAGUACCUGCUCUUCCGAGUGGACAUGUCUGACCUGACCCCCGAGUUGCUAACCAAAGAUCCCAUUCAGGAUGCUUCCAGGACAGGAAUCGGCAAGAACCUUUUAGAUGGUCCCCCAAGAGUGCUUCAGCCCUUCCUGACAAACAGAGCCAAGGUGGCUGGGGUGCCCCCAAGCCUGCCCCUGCCAGUGAAGAACACCAUGCUGGCCGCUGCCCUCUUCCCUGAGUUCCUCAAGGAACUAGCUGCCUUGGCCCAGGAACACUCCAUUCUGUGCUACAAGAUCCUGGGUGACUUUGAGGACUCCUAUUGUUAGCUUUUUUUUUUAAUAGAGGUUCUUGAUUUUUUAAGGUUUUAGUGUCUUGACUGAAUGUUAAAUGCAAAGCUGCUUACAGAAAUUUCUACUUUGAUAUUUCCUGACAAUACUUGAUUUGUGGGGAGGGCGAUUUUCUGUCUACCUCCUCUCUCUCUAGCCGGGUCUUUCCACCUUCUGUAGAAUGUCAGUCUCAUAAGCUGGUGGCUCCUUUGGCAGGUUUUCUUUCUUCCCCCUCAAGAUUUUCGGUUGUUAUCCUCCCAUCCCGGUGAGUCACUCCUCUUGCAGCUCAGAUCACACUAAGCAAAAACUGGGGUUUGGUAGCUUCUGGAAGUACUCCAUGUCAGAAGGCUAAUAAGCUCUUCAACAGCAGGGAAGAUGGCCCAUCUCCGUUGCCUUCUGCAUCUGGGCUCCAUUUUAUAAAAGGGAAGAAUAAAGAUGGAGCCCCUCUUGCCUCCAUCACACAAGCACAUAGCUUCUGUCCCUUUGCAUUUUCCUUCCAAGGUUUGCACUCUGCCCAACACGUUGCCUUAUGGUGCGGGCAAACCCGCUGGUCUCAGCUCUCUGCUGGGAGGUCAGAUGGAGUUGCGGAGAAUUUGGAAUGCGGGGAGACUUUCUUGUUGCUUGAGAGCUUUCUUUAAUCCGUGUAUCACUACCUAAGCACUGGAAACAGCCUUAUUUUAGUAAGAUUUGCACAAAAUGAAAUAUACUUAUGCAAACUGUUACAUUGGUUUUUAGAAGUCUAAUCUGAUGAAGAAAGCAGGGUAUCAUAUACGUAUCAUUAUUUUUUUAAGUGUUUUCUGAAAGGAAAACAGAUGAACUGGUGAAGCUGUUUCACAGGGGGCUUUUUGGUGGGGGGGGUCAGCAGGAGUAUGAAGUGGGGGGAAAAGGAUAAAGGUAAACUAGAUGCAACUUGUAAAAACAAACUGGCGAUUAUUUUAGAUUCUGUUCACGUCCUCUCCUGUGUUGCACUGUGCAGAGAAACAGGAACCGGACGGCCACUCUGGGACCUGGGAUGUGAGUGUGGACAGGUCACGGGGAACCCUGCAAAGCCCAGUGCCUGGCGGUGACUCAUGGCAUGCGGCAGUGCUGCCUUCUGAGUAAUGGGGUUCAUUAGAAGGUCCCAACAUGAUGCAUUAGUGCCUCUGUGCUGCUUGGCUGCCUGCUCCAAGAGGUGCAAUUAUGCUUAGCACCGGUCUCCUUAAGCCACCAAAAUAACCGUGCUGUUAAAGAUGAGACCAUAAACAGCUGAUGUCUGUGGAUAUUCAGCCCCGCCCCGCUUUGGGCAGGUGAGAAGCACAAAACAAGGGUGAUGGGCCUCCCUAUUGGGAGGGAAACUGGAAGCUCCAGCUCUCCUUUUUUUUUUUUGUGGGCGGGGCUGCCUGGGGGCAGCCCUAGGUGUGGUGCCAGGAGUGUGGGUCUGGGCUUAAUGGGGGUGGGGGGGCAGAAUCACAUCUGAGACCCUGCAGGGCAGAGACUGCUGCCCUUCUCUGCCUUGUGUGGAUCUUGGAGCAGCUCUGUGUAGAGAGAGAGCCAGCCCGUGGAAUGAGGGCCCCAGGAGACCUGGUCUGGGCUAGGAGACUCUUACAAGUCAGCGUCCCAGUGCUUCCCAGUCCAAGCAAGAAACCAAAGAUGUCCGCUUCUGGCUUCACAUCUGUCUGUCUUGAAAAAUGGUCUGCCCCGCUGUGGUCCGCAGUGGGAACGUCUGUGGCCCAACAGACUGGCCUGUUUGUGGCUUCCUGGCACUCACUGGUACUGGCAAACCCCCAGCUCUCCCCUGGAAAAGAAGGUGACUUAAGGUAGAGAAAAAGGGACAGGAAGAUGGAAUUUAAACUGUAAUUUAUUUUCCUCUAGCUUUGUUUUGCACAAGUGUUUAUCUUCCAGUUUGGACAUACCAGGUAUGUAAAAUGCAAACGUCAUACCUGGAAAAGUAUAUUUCUUAGCUUUUUGAUGUGAUGCACACCUGUCUCCCUUAUCUGGUGUUGGCAUUCAUUCUUCUUCAGUCUGUGUUGCUUUAUCAUAGAACUCCACAGCCUCGAGUAGAAGGUGCCCUUUUAGGAAAGAGAUGGCUUUUGUGUCUCCUAGCAUUUUUAAAAUAGGUACUGAACUAGACUUAACUUAAAGGAGGACAGGGUUGACUAGUGUCUGGGGUGGCAGGCAGGAAAAUUAACUUCUGCGCUGUCGGUGGCGGUGGGGGGGCGAGGCGCUGGUAGCAAACUCACAUGAUAACUCUAUUUGGAGUUGGGGACUGGUUCAUCUUUCUGAAUCCAGUAUAGGCCUCCUCCAGAGUAUUGUGUUCAGGGGUUUUCAAAAUGAAGUCAGAAAUGUGACCAGGAAAUACAUUAUGGAGACUUGGAAAACCCCACACGGUCAAGGGAAACAGCCAGGUGGCUUAGCUGAGGAUGGUUCAGAGAAUGGUGUGGACAUAAGAGGAGAAAUAGCAGAGUCCUGAGGCUGUAAACAGGAGAAGGACAAAUCCUGAGGGGUUCGGAGGAAAGAGCUUUGAUUUGAUUAUACUGUACAGCAGGUGGGUGAUGAUGGGAACGCCUUGGUGGGAAAAAAUAAGUAGAAUAUUCCAAACAAAGUAAUAGGUGAGGCCCUUAGAAAUUUGUUUUUUGUCACGUGUUUGGGGAAAAUCUGUGAAGAUACUGGCAUGCUUUAAAAAGUGGUCACAGAGUGUGGUCACUUCUCCACGUGGCCGGCUCCCCUCAGACGCUGUGGUACUUGCUUGAGGGCACAGUUUUGCCGCAGCCCUGAGGUUGGCGUCGCUGUGUCUAGCGUGAUGGUCCUGGGCAGUAAAAGUGACUGGAAGGUUCCUGGAACCUCACACAUAAAUUUCAAUUCAUAAUGCUGGGUCUGAGGUAAAGUUCUAGAUAGAGUGAAUUUUAUGAUUCAGAGUAUAUGCGAGCAAUGGGAUAUUUAAAAUUGACUUUUGGAAUCACCAAGUAAAUGUUUUUAAAAUUUCAGGCAAAGAAAUUCCAGGUGAGUUUAGCCUAAAAUACAGUUUCUUGGGGGAUACAUUACAAUUCCCCAGCCAUGAAAUGGGGAUGCUGGAGUAACCAGCUAAAGAGAUGUGAUUUUCGUUAUCAGUAGAUAACUUCCUUUCCUCGGUAUUUAGAGGAAUCAUGAAACUGCUGCCCGUUUGCCUUGUACUGUCUUGGAAAAUAAUUUGAUGUAUUGAUGGGUUGGAACUGAGGUCUCUAUCGUGUGUAGGGAGGGCGCAUUCAGGUCUUUCUUGGGUUCCCAGGAGUACCUUUGUGGCUAGUGGCUUUAAUUUAGACCAGAUGUAGUUGAUUUCCAAUCUACUGAGACCUCGUGGAGCUGUGGUGUUGUCAGGAGAGCGACCUCGCAGGAACAGGCUCCAAAAACAGGACACAAGAGUAUUUGGGUUGCCUGUUCCAUUUGGGCGGCCAGUGGUACUCAGGGUGGAAAGCUGUUUUGACAUCUCUGAAUGCGCUUGGUUGCCGUGGUCAUGUUGGGUUGAUGUCCAGCUCUGUUCCGAGGUGCGGACUUGUGGAAGGGCUGCGCAUUCUCAGUCCGGAUCCGGGUGCCUAGCUCUUGGGAGGGAGGGGCUGCAUGGGGGUGGGGGUGGAGGCCACGGCGCAGGUGUUACGGGAAGUGUGUCCAGCAUAAGCUCCGAUUCUCAUUUAAGGGCAGCUCGGAUUAAUUGCUAACUACCGGCCCUGCAUUUAUUGACAUGGCUCUCCAGCUUGCCAUUUUUAUGAAACAUUCUCUUGCAGAACAUUUAUUCCUGCACGUGCUCCUUCAGGUCAGUGGCCAGGGCCGGUGUACCUGCGGCUUGCUGUGAAUCUCAGCCAGCUCUGCGGUGUUGGCUUUUCCUGGAAGCUGUGGUCCUCCUGGCAGCUGGGGCCACCCCCACUCUCAGUCACUGAGAAGAUCCUUGCAGGUCCCUUCCCGCUUCAGCCCUCAUUCUGUCAACCACACAGCCCUCGCUGUCCAUCAGAUCACAGCCUAACACAGAACACUGUAGAGCUGGUUUCUACUCCAGCCUUAAAUCACAUCAUCGAGGAAGCAUUUUUAGAAAAUGGAGUUGAAAAAAAAAAAAAGAAAAUGGAGUUGAUUUUCUUUUUUCCCUCUAAACCUGAUUUAGAACAAGCUCUUUGGAAGACUAAGAAUUGUUUCGGGCAAUUUUGCCUCAGUGAAUCCUAUGUUCAGGCGUUUGUUAGGCCAUUACUUGUUUCAGAGAACAGGUUACCCUGGCGGCUCGUUAACUGGAUAAACAUAGCGUUAGUGAAAGACUUUUGGUGAGGUUCUGCAGGGAGGAAGAUGGGGACGGGGCGGGGGAGGCCUUUAGUUCCUUGGUGCCUGUACUUAGGAUCCUAAGAAAGAUGAUCAUUUUAGCUAGGACUGACCCUUCCCAUCCCAUUGGGUCGUUGUGUAUUUUGUUCCCAUCUCAAGACAUGUGAGUAUACCUAACUCACCGUCAGCCACACAAGUUACCAGACCGCCCAUAGGCAUGGUCGGUAUGCGUUCAAUGUGUUAUUCAGGCAUCCUUUGGGGAGCUUAAGUUUACUAUGUCAUUUCAGAACCUGACAAGGGUGAUGGAAGCUCUUGGGCCAGAUUAUAAAUUUCGUGGAGCUGAGGCUGCAGAAGUCCGUGCUUCUGAGUGUGUCCGCUGACUUUUUAUUGGGACAAGCCUGCAAAAGACCUAUAACAGGCCCCUUUCUGCCCUGGAGAUAUUUUUAAGAGGGAAUUUGGUGUUGAUCUUACCUAAAUGAUUUUUGCUAAAUUGUUUGACUAAGGGAGGCAAUGAGACAGAAUUUCAAUCAGAUUCUAUCCAUUUUUCACUUAAGGGUCAGCCACGUUCACAAAUAACCCAUGAAUACGUUUGUCUAAGAUCUGCUAGAGAAGCGUGGUGGCCGUUUCUGUGCUGCUCCUGGUACUGGGUAAAUAACGUGGCCUUUGAGACAGACUCAGUGUGUGUUUUUUUCCCAAGAGUCACUAUGUAGAAUCCUUGAAAUGGUGCAGCACAUUCAACAGAAAUGAAAAAGAUGAUAUGAAUUGUGGGUCAUUCCCAUAAGCUGUGUAUUGAGUUAAUCAACUCAAAGCUCUAGGAGGGUGUGUACUUUAAAAAGUUCCAUUGCCUUAUUCCAGAUAAGCAAUAAUUACAAAAGUGUACGUGUGUACGCUCAGCUAAAACUUGCUGAACUUGGUAUAAAUAACAAUUAGCUUCCUCUUCCUGGGGCAUGUAUACUUUGAAAGAUAGUAAGAGAAGUUCACCUUGAUACAUAAGCCUGGACAGAGCCAAGAAGCUCCUUCCCAGACCCAGAUGUCCAGAAUUUAAAAGCCUACUUGUUGGCAGCACCAACCUCUCAUACCAAAAGUCCCCACGAAAGGCUGUCUGCUAAUUUUGUUUUAUAAAUUUAAUCAACAUUUGCUAAAGUUAUUCUGUGCCAGGUAGUGUGCUGAGUGUUGAGGCUGGCGUUCCUGACCUCCCACCAGAACCAACCAACGUCCUUUUCAAGUAACAGAACACAUGGUUUGGGCAUGGCCAGGUAAAGCAGGUUCACGCCAACCUGGGAAAGAGCCAGUUUUCCAGCACAUUCCCCCCUCAGCCUAUAGGUGUGUGGAUUCCAAUGACAGAUGGCAAUGGCUUUACUGAGGACACGACUCCUACAUUUUAAUGAGAUUUUCAUUGGAACAGCAAACAAGCAGACUGAAUUCUCACUCAUGCAAAGACAUAUUUAAAAUUGUAUUUCAGGUCUGUUUAUGAGCAGAGCCAUACUCUGUGAAUUUCUGACAUUGUUAUGCAAACAUAUCUUUGAAUAUACAGUCAGGUUCCAAGGAUGAUAUCUGAGCUAUGCUUUGAUUUCACUUUUUUUAUUAGCAGUUGUAACAACAUUAACUGUCCAAUAUUCAGGAUUUCAGAAGUGGGCAUUUGAGACCAUGGGGCUGCUGUCAGAGGUGGACAGUCAUCACCAUAAAGACCAGGUGUUCUCAUGACGGCAUUUUUCUCUGGAAGUGAUCAGUUCAUGGUACAGUUUACAUCGGAUAUAACAGUUUUGGUAAACUGUCUCCAUCCAGAUGCCUCCCCACCCCCAUCACCCAUUUAAGCAAGGCCUUGAUUUAAAAUGAUCUGGAAAGAUCCCCCAGUGGCUUCUGUGAAAAGUUUGAUGUCCAAGAAGCCAGACCUUUGGUGAAAAUGGGAGUUUGUAAAACAAAACCAAACCCUAUUAUUUCUUACAAAACAACGAUCCUGCCAGAAUCCAGUCUCGGACUGUCUUGCCCAUUUGCAAUUCAGACUUGCAAUGCGAGGAGAGAGAAUGGACUCUUUCCCUCUGGAAAAGGAAAAAAAAUAUCUUAGUUCUAGGUCUAGUAGUUUUCAGUAUCGAAGAGAAUGCAUUCGGGCUACAAGGCCUCCUGGUGAGGGAACACCUCCUCUCACAAUAUUCUGGGUCACUCAUGGUGGUUUUUGUAAGUUUCUGUUUAAAACCUUACCUCUUCAUGCUUGUCUGGAAUAAACCACACACAACUGGUUUCCUUUCUGAUUCUGCUUCUCUGGCUAGGUCAGACGGAGGUUCUCGCGCCACUCUGAGGUAGGGAAGUCCGGGGCAGUGGCCGGCAGCUGGAGCCUGGUUCAUUGCUACACUGACUAUAGGGAAGGUCUGCUCGUCCGCAAGGCCCCCAGCUGCCAAAGCAGCCCCGUCUGUGAGGGCAAUGCUCGGAUUCUCCUUAGCAGCUAGAGGAUUCAGUGCAAAAUCUGAGACUCCGAAGAGUCUGUUCUUCUCCGGAUGCCAGUUUGACAUGUGCUUUUAAAGAGCAGCCUUUGGGAAACUGGUCCUUACGUGUGGGGAGUCAGAGGGAACAGAGGCGCUCAGGGCGCAAAGGGGCGCUCGGGUGCAGGAAAGAGAAGUGCAUUCCUGUCCCAAGCACCGGGGUGAAGGUGGCCCACCCUUCAUGAAGAUGUUGUUAACGGCAUCACGAUUACUGUUUAAGGUCAAGAUUCUGAUGUACGUAAGCUUAUAAUCUUAUUCUUCCCAGGCAAAACAAAUCAAUGUUACAGCUUUUUCCCCCCUUUUUAUCUUUCUUUGGCCUGGGUUGGGGGAGAGGGAGUUGUCAACUAUACAAUCUUUGAAGUGUAACAAUUUUUUAUGUGAUAUUCCAGUAUAUAUUUUAUUCAUUAAAUUUAUUUGAAAAUGU